UUGGGAUCCUGGCUCGCUCUCUUUUCCCUUCUCCGGUUCUCCCCUGAAAGCGAGCAGCGGAUAGAUAAAGCUCGGGUCGGCUUUGGUGCCACGUACUGGCCUUCUUCCCCUUCGCUCUGACACUGUUCCUCUUCCCUCCUCCUCCUCCUCCUCCCCCCACCCACCUCCUCCUGCUCUUUCCCCGUGUGUCCGUCCUCUCCUCCCCGGCGGGCGGCCAUGACUGCUGUGGCCUCCCUCUAGCCUCGCUGGGCGGCUGCUGUGCCAGCUCUAGAAAGAUACGACAGCUGUUGGCCUUCAGCUGCUGGCGCUGCUCGACUGCACUGCACACCAUAGAGAGGAAGGGAGAGAGAGAGAGAGGGAGGGAGAGGCAGAGGCAGAGGCAGAGGGGGGAGUGUGUGUGUGCGUGUCUGUGCCUGCCAUGUGUGAUAGAAAGAAUCUGGAAUUGCUUUCCAAGUCAUUGACCGCCCAGUUCCAGUUUCCUUCCCCCCCUCGUUUUGUCCCCCUCCUGAGCCUCCUUGAUUCCUGUGUUGCUUGCUGUUCCUCCCUCCCUCCCUGCCUGCUUGUGUGUGUUGUUGCUGUUAUUCCCUGCUUGGCUGUUCAUGCAUCAAGCAAGCUCCCCAGCAUCUUUCUCUCCCAUACAUACCCCCUUGUCUGAUGCCUGCUUCUGCUUCUGCUUGCCCAUCCCCUCCUUCAUUCUUGACGAGUUAAAUGCAUGCCUUUCAGCAGAUUGCUGCACACAUCCCUCUCGAUUUAUUGCCUGCCACCACACCCCUUUUUCUUCCGCUAUCUUCCUUCUCCUAGCUAGCUAGCUAGGUAGACACACAGUCACACACACAUAUCAGUAGUGGUGUGUAUAUGAUAGUAUACAGCAAGUGCAAGAUCAUCAGGCGAAGCUAGCUACUAGCCGCCCUCCUCAGCUCGGAGGCGGCUUGGACUUCACCUAGUAUGUUCCACCAUCAGCAGGAGCUCCUACAGGCAGAAGCUGCGGCGGCAGAUCGGGAGAGCAGCAUGUCCAACAACCUCACCUCCUCCGCGCCCGGCGGCCCCAACGCGGCGCCAGCUGCUGCUGCGGCCACCGGCAAUAAUAACAAGCGAAAGCGGAGCCUCCCAGGCAACCCCGACCCCGAGGCGGAGGUCGUGGCUCUGUCUCCGGCGACGCUGAUGGCGACGAACCGCUUCUUGUGCGAGAUCUGCGGGAAAGGGUUCCAGCGGGACCAGAACCUGCAGCUGCACCGGCGCGGGCACAACCUGCCGUGGAAGCUGAAGCAGCGGGGCGCGGGCAAGGAGGCGCAGCGGAAGAAGGUGUACGUGUGCCCGGAGGCGUCGUGCGUGCACCACGACCCGGCCCGCGCGCUGGGCGACCUCACGGGCAUCAAGAAGCACUUCUUCCGCAAGCACGGCGAGAAGAAGUGGAAGUGCGACAAGUGCUCCAAGAGGUACGCCGUCCACUCCGACUGGAAGGCGCACUCCAAGAUCUGCGGCACCAGGGAGUACAAGUGCGACUGCGGCACCGUAUUCUCCAGGCGGGACAGCUUCAUCACGCACCGCGCCUUCUGCGACGCGCUCACCGAGGAGAGCGCCAAGGCCAUCGGCGGCGUCAACGCCAUGGCAGCGCCGGUGCACCACCACCACCACCCGAUGCUCUUCUCGCCGCCGCCCGCGCACGUCAUGCAGCAGCAGGACGUCCUCCUCCUCCAGGAGCAUCAACACCACCAGCACCAGCAGCAGCAGCAGGAGGACGAUGUCAUGCAGCAGCCGCCGCCGCAGCAGUGCAACUACGCCAUGAAGACGGAGAUGCCGCCGUGGCCGGCGAUGGCCUACGACCACCCGCUGCUGCAGCCGCUCUGCAACGCCGCCGCCGCAGCGGCGGCGCAGGGCUCGGCGGCCACGUCCGCGCCGCAGCUGCCCGCGGCCUCCGCGCACCUGUCGGCCACGGCGCUGCUGCAGAAGGCGGCGCAGAUGGGCGCCACCAUCGGCGGCGCGGGCUACACCCAGAUGGCGGGUCCCGCGACGAGCGCCACCGCCGCCUUCGGCCUCGGCCUCCCGGGCCUGCAGAAUGCCCAGCACCACCACCCGCAGCAGCAAGAUGGCGGCGGCGGGGUCAUGGCGGCCGGGCUCGCGAGGACAGCCAGCUCCCACGGCCGCGGCGGCGACGAAGGCGGCGGAGGCGGAUCAGGCGACGGCAUGACCAGGGACUUUCUCGGCCUGCGCGCCUUCUCCCACCGCGACAUCCUCGGCCUCGCUGGCCUGGACUCCUCGUGCAUGGGCGCCAUCACCGCCAGCGCCAGCAUGGGCUGCUACGAGCCACAGCAACAACAUACACAGCCUCAGGCGCCGCAGCAGCAGCAAAGCAGCAACGAACCAUGGCACGGCAUGGGGCAGCCAUAGCUAGCUUAGGUCGUCGCUACCCAUUCUGGCACCAAAGCUACUUUCUGUGCGUCUUCCUCUCAUCAGCCGUACUACAUCGCCGUCGCUGCUUCAAUUCUGAUUAUCGCUGCCGCCGCGCGCGGUGCAGAGGCAAAACUAGCUACGGCCGGCCGCCCAGAGUGCAACGCGUGGCUUUUGAGUCGGGUAAUCUCAUCGUCUCCCGCCCCUCACUUCGGUCAUCUUUUGCUCCUGUUCAUGCUGUCAUCCCGUCUGAACUUUUAACCACGCAAUGCAAGCAAGCCUGCAAGCUAGGAUGAGGAUGAUAGAUUGGAUUGGAUAAUACACAAGUACGCAGGGAGUUGUGUAAUUUUUUUUCAGGUUGGGGAAGAAGAUCGACCAACAUGUAAACUAAUAAGCUCGGUUCAAUUAAGCAGAUGGGAAGAACACCAUAGCUACGUGACAGUAAUAAUAAUACAUGCAUGCGUUCAUCGUCUC